AAGUCACAUAACCUCAACGCGCAAUUGUGGGAGGGGGCAAAACUUGGAGGGCAACAAUGGGAGACACGCUCAGUAUUAUGUGAGAUGAGACGCGUGGCGAUCGCGUUUUACCACAAACAUUAAAUCGAAAAAAUACCAAUAAUGAAAGAAGGCGGUUGUCUGGGCCAAUACGCGCAGCAGGCGCUGAAACUGGUGUUCGCAUUCGUGGACAUGGUGGUGCACUGGAUAUUCAGAAGAAUGUACGGGGGGGCGCACACCGAUUUGCCACCCAUCGAGGAUUUGAUUUUGCUGGAUUCCGCGACGACGCUCGCAUUCAAAAUACGCACGCAAAAGCUAACCAGUGAACAAGUUUUGGAGUCGUUUAUCGAACGGAUAAAAGUAGCUAAUCCGAUAUUAAACGCAGUCGUGGCCGACAGAUUCGAAGAAGCAAGAAAAGAAGCGAGGGCCGCUGAUAAACUAAUCAAAUCCGGGGAAAUACCGCCCGAAACGUUGGAGAAAGACAAGCCCUUCCUCGGCGUACCUUUCACCACCAAAGAUUGCAUACCCAUCAAAGGAUUGAUCCAUUCGUCGGGUCUGGUGCGUCGUAAGCACCGCAUCGCCGAAGAGGACGCGAAGGUGGUGGCGGCGCUGCGACUCGCCGGCGCCAUUCCUAUAGGUCUCACCAACAUUUCGGAGCUGUGCAUGUGGUGGGAGAGCUCGAACAAUGUGCACGGCCGCUGCAACAACCCGUACGACUGCACGAGGACGGUCGGCGGUUCAUCGGGCGGCGAGGGUUGCGCCCAAGCCGCCGCCCUGUCCGCCUUCGGCAUUGGUUCCGAUAUCGGCGGUUCGAUUCGUAUGCCCAGCUUUUUCAAUGGGGUUUUCGGCCAUAAGCCUUCGCCGUUCGCCGUACCGAAUCACGGACAGUAUCCACAACCAAUUACCACGGAGCAGGCCACGUUUUUGGGUUUGGGGCCGAUGUGUCGACGGGCGGAGGACUUGGUGCCUAUAUUUAAGGUCAUAGUCGACAAGGUUUAUUUGGAACAAUUGAGACUGGAUGAGAAAGUUGAUAUAAAAAAUAUAAAGUUUUAUCUCCAAGAGGGUGACACGAAGGCAUUUUUGGUGUCCCCGGUGGAUCAGGAGAUUAGGGAAUUGUUUGGCAAAAUUAGUUUGCAUUUAAAUAAGGCUCAUGGCAUUAAAGCAACCAAAGUGUCUUUGACAAAAUUCGGUGAGAGCGCUCCGCUGUGGUUUGCAAACAUGAAAGCGCCCACCGGACCAACAUUCCAGGACCAGCUGGCGAACCUGGAGGGGACCAUAAACCCUUACCUCGAAUUUUUAAAAUGGACCAUAGGCAAAUCGCAACACACAUUCAUCGCUCUAGCAACCGCCAUCGCCGACAAAGUUGGCUGCAAAUACGGCGACGCCAAACACCAAUCGCUGGUGCAAUUGAGGAACGAGCUGAAGCGGGAGCUGUUGGACUUGAUCGGUGAUGACGGGGUGUUUGUUUAUCCGACACAUCCGACUGCUGCGCCCCAUCACAACGAACCCCUGUUCAAGCCGUUUAAUUUCAGUUACACCGGUAUUAUAAACGUGUUGGGUAUGCCGGCGACCCACUGUCCGAUGGGGCUAAACAAGGAUGGCGUGCCGAUAGGGGUGCAAGUCGUGGCGAAGCCCAACAACGAUAGGUUAUGUCUGGCCGUUGCCAGGGAGUUAGAGAAGGCGUUUGGUGGAUGGGUACCGCCUCACACGGACGUGUAAUGUUUUUGUUUUGCUCAAAAUUCAAGAACAGUGCCAAGAACUGACUUUGCACUCGAUCGUGAUCUGUUUGAUUGUGAUUUAUGCAUUUUUUAUAUGUUUAGAUGUUUAAUACCAGUAGUUUAGUACUGGUGAAUAUUUUUGUAAUUAUGCAAAAUCGAAUUGUUGUAUUUUUUGUCGGCCGUUUGUGGUUAGUUUUGCACUUGGUUUCAUGAUUCUAACACUGUUAUCAAUGUAAUUAUUUAACUCAGGUCUCUAUAUAUUUACCAUGUUUAUACUUAUACAAUUCUAUAACAUUAUUUUUAUAUUGUCAUAUAUAUUUUAUAUAUACUAAAGACUGUGUAUAA